CAUCCAGGGACACGUCGAGCAGCAGGAGCAUGGGAAGCACUUGGCUCUGCCUGCUCUGCCUGGCCGGCCUCAUCCUGCCCGGCACAGCCCAGAGCCUGCCCGGGGGCAGGCAGGGGGAGACCGAGCUGGUCGAGGCGCUGCAGGAGGUGCUGGAGCAGCUGGGGCGCCGGGAGCUGCCGGCGGUGGAGAAGCGGCUGAGCUGGGUCCCCUCGUGCGAGCCCGGGGAGCCGUGUGCGGUGCGGCGCGGGGCGCGGAUCGGGAAGCUCUGCAGCUGCCCCCGCGGCACCGCCUGCAACUUCUUCAUCCUCAAGUGCAACUAAGGGACGUCGGGGACCCUGCCACCCUCCAGGAUGCUGCUGGCCCAGUGGAGAACGACUCAGGGGUCCCGAGCCCCCUCCCCGUGCCAGGACACAGCUGCACAGCCCCCAGCACCCUUGGGUGCUCUGGUCCGGGGGGCUGCGGGUCUCCUGCUUUGGGGCUGUAUUAAAUGACUUGGA